AUGGUUAGUAAAGAGGUAUUAGCGAAUCUUCCAGCGGCAGCUAAGAAGGAAUUGGCCAAAGUAACCGAAAAGUUCAAAAAUGGCGAGAUGACACAAGAUGAGUAUAAAGAACUUUGUGCUGAGAUUGUAUCUAACUAUGAAGACGAAGAAUCUGGAGAAGAGAAAGUACCAGAAGUAAAGAAAGGAAGACCAGCUAACAAGGAAGACCAAAAACCAGAGUAUAUGAGUGAUAUUAUUCAGUAUGCAGGAGUGAAUUUGAAAGAAGAGGCUAUGCAGAUAGCUAAAGAGGCCGAUAAGGCCUUGCCAUAUGAAGAAACGAAAGGAUCUCAAAACGAUCAUCAGAAUAGUAUUGAGUCACUUUUUGAUACGCAUAUGUUUAUCUACUUUGUGAAUAAGAUAUGUAAAUUGCGUGAAGUGGGUAUAUCUGAUGAAGCUAUGCAAGUAGUCUUUCUGGCCUGUAAGAGGAAGAUCAUGGAUGUUUUAGAGAAGUUAAUUGAGCAGAGUAAGAUUAGAGUGGAUGCAGCUCGGUGUGAUUAUUUGAUUCGGAUUGAGAAUGAUCGGCGGCGACAGAUGUGGUUCUUGGAGCAGGAAGAGCGUUUGGAGAUGGACAAGUACCGCCAGAAGAAAGAGGGAGAUGAUGGGGAUGGGAAGAAGAAGUGGCGUAAGAUCUUGCAAGAACGCGAGGACUUGAUUAUUAAGAAGCGGCUGAGUAACAAUGUGGCUUUAGCGGCUUUGGGUAGUCAGCCUAAAAGUUGGAUGGCGGCUAGUGCGGCUUCAGGAGAUGAUGGAUCGGCGCCCUAUCUGACUUUGUUCCAGGGCAGUGAGGAUAGAACUCAAAAGACAAACACUCGGAUUAUUAUCAAGGAAGACUUCUUGUCUGUUCUUUCUCGAGACAAGAGGUAUAACAAAUCUGUCUUUACCAUUAAGCAUUCAUAUGUGUAG